UUCAGCCUUCCUCUGUGACUCGUACUGUGCUUUUGCUGGAAGGGAAAGCUUCGGUUUUUUCUUCGUGGCUGUCAAUACAAAUGAUAUAGCCACGAUUCGCGGUAAUUUCCUUCGUAGAGCCAUUGUUGAAUGGUGAUUCGGGCUUAAUUAAUUGAUUCAAUUUUAGAGAUCGUCUGUUUUAUUAGUGUUUUAUUGGUGGCAACCAAAUUUUUCCGAUGCUACAAAACUAGAUUACUCAUGCAUAGAAAUUUUGGUUGUAUUUGCAAUCCACGAGUGAGUUGUUUCCUUAACCUUUUCACUACAGAAUCGAGGAAAUUGACAACAGACAAUAGAAUCGAAGUUUAAACAUGUCAGCACUCUUUAAUUUCCAUUCAUUCUUGACGGUCGUGUUGCUAGGCAUCUGUGCCUGUACGUACUUAAAGAUGCAUUUUCCUGCACUUCUUGAACAGAGAACUGGAUUUCGAGGGGUUUUCUGGAAAGCUGCUAGAAUAGGAGAGAGAUUGAGCCCUUGGGUGGCCAUUGGAUGCUUUGCAAUGGGGGUUUCAAUAAUCUUUUUCUGAAUCAAGAUCUUUGCACAGGCAGAAGAGGCACUUCUUUUCCAUCAUCAUCAGCUGCUGCUACCACUUUGCUUUCUUCAGCUUCAGAUUCUGAGCGCCAGUGAAGCGGAUAGCUCCUCAAGAAAACCCUCCUGGUGCUGUAGUCUUCAUAUCGGAAGCUUCGAGCCCUCAUCCUAUCUCCCUCCAUCCCGGUAUUUCUUUUCUGCCUCUGAAGAAACUCUGAGCAAGCUCUUAUAGGCGUGGCGUCGUGCACUAGGCAAACACUCUGUCGAAUGUGUGUUUACGCCGUAUCUUGGUUUAAAGACAAUAGGCUACGUUUAGAAAAUCACAGACUUUGUUUAUAUUAUCUGUGUUGUUAUCAUCUCCUUGUUUUGUUAUUUUCCUAGUUUGUUUAGACAAAAUGAAUAAAUAAAUCACGAAUAUUCUUGGGCAGGAAAUGUACAGAAUGGUGUACUCUGUCUCUAUGCUACUGCAUUCUCAAGGCUUA